AUGCAGCAGAGCGCUCACGAUGAUGUAGAGCUCGUCAUCUCAAGCUUGCUCGACGAGGAGCUCGUCCGGGAUGAUCCAAAAUUUGACAUUCGAUUGGCUCCCGGCGUGUGGCUUGCUGUCGACUACACCUCACGCCUUCGAUGCAACAUACACGGCGACGGUCUAUCGAGGGAAAAGCAGGAAGCCUUGACCGCGCUGCUCACCCGUCUGCUGAACGAACAACCGGCAGAGCUCCCCCUCUUUUCUUUGCUGAACGAUCUGCGCGCCUGGCUCGUCGAUCAUCCGCUUGAGGCUGAUCACACUGGAUCCGUCGAGGAGGCCGCACCACCGUGCACGACGACAGUGACACUCAAGACGGUUCUCUUCUGGUCCCAUCACCUCAAGUCGACCAUAAAGCGCAAAGACAUCCACGCCUUUAGCUCUGAACUCGGCCUGUGGACGAUCGCCAGGCCCGGCUAUCCAGGCGUGAUUGUCUCAGAGGGCAAGCAGGAAGAUCUUGAUGAAUUUAUACGGCGCAUCAAAGCGAUGCAAUGGAAGGCCUUGACCGUGAGAUACGAUGAAGUGCAUACAGUCGCACUCGACGCCUGGACCGAACGAGUCUCUCUGGCAAAGGUGAUCGGUCCCAAGCCUCAUGCGAUAGAAGUCGAGAGCAUGUCAGAGCUCAGUGCUGCAAUGGAUCAAGCCAGCCUGAGAAGCGUCUUUCUGUCUGCAAUGAAACUGCAGCAAUAGUCCUCGCAUAGAGCUCUACACCGGUGCAUGAACAACAGCAAGCCACGUGAAGACGCUAUCGCUUCGAAUAGCGAAGGAAGCGACUGGCGAUAAGUAGUACGAUCAGAUUGAACACGAAGAAUGCCACGAAUAUGCCGAUAUCUAUCUUUGCCGGUCAGCUCGUCCCUGCAGAUAAUGCAACGAGCGCACCUCGACCACGAUAUUGGUACUGGAUGUCUAGAGGAUCUGUGAACUGUUGGCCUACACGGUACUGGCAGUAGUUGCAGCCCGUGGU